CGGGCCGGCGGCCGUGCGCGUGCGCGGAGGGCAAGGCCCGCACGUGGGGCCGCGGCGGUCCCGGGGGGUACCGGAGCCAUGGGGCGGAAGCUGGACCCGAGCAAGAAGGAGAAGCGCGGCCCCGGGCGCAAGGCCCGCAAGCAGCGGGGAGCCGAGGUGGAGCUGGCCCGCUUCCUGCCGCCCGAGGCGGAGAGCGGCCGGAAGAAGCUGUCCAGCCACGCGCGGAGGAGGGCCGCCAAGAGACGGCUAGGGGCGGCGGGGCGGACGGCGCCGGGAGGAGGUCGGCGGCCCGCGGCUAAAGAGCAGGGGGAUUCUCAGGAGGGCAGUCCCAUAAAGGCAGUGGGACAGGACCCUCAGCGCCAGUCUGGCUUCAAAGACGAUAACGCAAAAUGGCUGACCCCAGCCAAAGGCAAGAAGAGCCUCUCCAAGAGAACCAGCGUGGAGUUGUCCAGCAAUGGCGAGGUGGAAGAGGACAGCUGGGAGAUGGAGGAGGAGGAGCAGGAGGAUGGGAGCAGCGAGGAGUUGAUGGAUGAUUAUGGUGCCUCAUCCUCUGAUGAGGAAGAAUUGUUGCCCAUUGAGAAAGCCGCCCUGAAGCAAAAGGCUGACGACAGAGAUCUCAGCGAAGAUGAUAGUGAGGAGGAUGAGGUGGCCGAGGAGACCAGCAGGCAGAAAACGGGACAGAAGGAAAAAGAAGAUGCAGAACUGCAGCUCAACCUGGAGAUAGAUGAAGAAUUCAAAUUGCCAACUGAUGAACAGAUCGAGAAAGAGACUGCUGAGCCACCAGACCUGCAUGUCAUUCACCAGCGCAUCAAGAGCAACAUGGAGGUGCUGCAGGACUUUGGGGUGAAGCGGGAGGAAGGACGCACACGACAAGAGUACCUCGCGCUGUUGCGCCGGGAUAUGGCUGCUUACUAUUCCUACAGUGACUUCUUGCUCAAGAUGCUCAUGGAUAUCUUCCCGCUCCCUGAGCUAAUCAACUUUCUGGAAGCCAAUGAGGUUCCCCGUCCCGUGACCAUUCGCACCAACACACUCAAGACGCGGCGACGGGACCUAGCGCAAGCACUCAUCAACCGUGGUGUGAAUCUGGACCCCUUGGGGAAGUGGUCAAAAACUGGACUUGUUAUUUAUGACUCCUCCGUGCCCAUUGGUGCCACCCCUGAAUACCUGGCUGGACACUACAUGCUGCAAGGAGCUUCCAGUCUCCUCCCUGUUAUGGCUCUGGCUCCACAGGAGAAUGAGCGCAUCCUGGAUAUGUGCUGUGCCCCGGGUGGCAAAACCAGCUACAUAGCUCAACUUAUGAAGAAUACAGGGAUGAUCUUGGCCAAUGACAGCAAUGCUGAGCGGCUGCGUAGUGUGGUGGGGAAUUUGCAUCGGCUGGGUGUCACCAAUGCAGUAGUGAGUAACUGCGAUGGACGCCAGUUUCCCAAGGUACUUGGAGGGUUUGACCGUGUCUUGCUUGACGCUCCCUGUAGCGGAACAGGUGUCAUUUCUAAGGAUCCUGCUAUCAAAACCAAUAAGGAUGAGAAAGACAUCCUGCGCUGCGCUCACUUGCAGAAGGAGCUGCUUCUCAGUGCUAUAGAUUCAGUCAAUGCCACCUCAGAGACAGGGGGCUAUGUUGUCUACUGCACGUGCUCCAUUACAGUGGAAGAGAAUGAGUGGGUUGUGGAUUACGCCCUGAAGAAACGCAAUGUUCGUUUGGUGGCCACAGGACUGGACUUUGGCAAGGAAGGCUUCACCAGGUUCAAGGACCGUCGUUUCCAUCCGUCUCUUAAAUCUACACGGCGUUUCUAUCCCCACACCCAUAAUAUGGAUGGGUUCUUCAUCGCCAAGUUAAAGAAAUUCUCUAAUGCCAUCCCCAAGACGCAGAAAGAUGAAGAACCUGCUGUGGAAGCAGCAAAACCGUCCACUGGCCCUGAGACAGUCAUGGAACCACAGGCAAAAAAGAAGAAACUUGAGUCGUCAAAAAUUGCCCAAGAACAGAAGAAGCCACAGCCUGCUUUGAAGAAGAGACAUUCAUUGCAGGAACAGAGGAGGCCCUUGAAGGCUGUCCGGCCUUCUCCCCAUAAGUCAUAUGCUCAAGUCCCUAACAGAAAGAAGCAUAAGGUGAAGCAGAACGGACAGUGAGAGGAACUGCUUUUCCAGGUGCUGUUUCCCUCCUUAGGGAGCAAAGGCUAGGGCUGCCCUGGUUGUGUUGUGUAUUGUGCUGUUUUUCCUGCUCUUUGCAUAUAAUUGUUGCAGUACUGAGCACCCAGGACAGCAAUAGCCCCUUUUACUCCUUUCCUUGCUCUGCAUCAAGGACUGACACACAACUCAUUAAAAGUUUUAUAUUUUUGCUCAAA